CACACAUUCAAACAGAUACGAUCCAUUGCGUUGCAUCCAUCAGCCGGUAUACUGACUUUGGAAGCUGCCGGUUUCGGUCUGACUGAUCAGGACGAAAAACUGUUGUUCGAUCUGUCGCAGAAGAAUGGACUGUAUCACAUCCGUAUUCAUUUGACUGAUACAGAUUUUCUGGAAUCAUCGAUCCCAGCGUGUCAGUUGGUCGGUUCCGGGAUGAAAGCGAAAUUGGUGGUGAGCGUGAACGACCAAGGAUCACCCAUCGCCAUUCAUCUGGCUCCUUCGGUGUUCGAAUGCAGUCCUGCUAAAGUUCAUUCUGGGCUCACUCACUCACUCGGGUUUACACUGGAUGUGCAGCGUCCGACUACGGGUGCUAGUCCUGAAACCUUCCGAUAUUUACAACGACUGGAAAAACAACGUGAAGAAAUGGCUCGUGCAGAAAAAGGGGACAAUCGUUCAUUUUUCGCCAAAUACGUGAGUUUCACUAAUUUUCUCCUUACAUUCAAAACAACAUUCUUCUAA